AUGGUUGAAAUUAGAAAGGCUUCCCGGCCCGCCAAACACGAAAACUUUCGACGUCGAUUAGAGCGCGCUUUAUCCUUGUCACCUUCCGAUUCGGACAGUGCAAAAGGCUCUUCAUCAUCGGCAGAGAGUGACACUACCGAGAUUGAAUCUCUUGCGGAGAACAACUUCGCCAAUCUCCAACGUGAGACGACCCUGGUGGGUAGCACCCCGCAAGAUGACACUGAAGAUUGGAUCCAGAGAGAGGAUGUCGGGAUGGAGCAGAACAUUGGAGGGGAAUCUGCAACCUCGGACAAUCGUUUCAUGAUCGCCUUCCAGUGUAUCUCCGAACUAGACACCCGAGUGAAGUCGAUCCAGAGUUCGCUGAGCACUCUUGCAGAUAAGACUGAAACCAUUUGCAGUGAUCUGGACGAUAUUGUUCAACGACUGGUAGCCGUGGAGGCAACAAUAGAUACCAUAGCUACAGAGACUCGGAGCACCACGGAAGAGGAUAGUUGA